AGACGUGGCAGCUCCGGGUAGGGACUGAGCUAGGGCAGUGAGCUCUCUUCCUUUGCUGGUAUCCAGUCCCAAGAGAACUCUGCGCCAGCCCUGGACAAUGCACCAGGAUGACUACUACCCUCAGCCUUCUCUACUUGUGAAUGGUUCGUUGGAUCAGGAGCCUCAAAGGCAGCUCCCAGAUAUGCCCCCUCGAGGUGGCGACGGGCUGCCGCUGCUUGCUGCCAUCAUCGCGGCCUUUGUCCUGCUGGCCAUCUGCAUUGUGCUGGCGGUUCACUUUGGGCCUGCGCUGCAUCAGGGCCAGGCUACUCUCCUCAAAGAGCCACCAGCCCUAAAGUCAGAGAACGGCGUUUACCUCAUCCACUGGCGGCUACUGAGCCUACAGGACAGUCACAGAGAAACCCAGCAGGGACUUUUUAUUCCUCACUCUGGCCCUGCCCUAGACGGGCACAGGCCCAGCAUCGAUGAAGUCACGUAUCUGUAGGAGUGUGAUUUGGAAGUUAGCCUGGCUGGUCUCAGAACAAGACACUGGACUAGAAAGUGAAUGGGAGCCAGGGUGUCAGAGCUAUGGACUGCCUCCGGACUCAUCUGGAGCUGUCCUCGGACUUAACACAAAAGCUUCAUGGUGACAAGAAAAGCCACUUGAGGAUCUUGCCUCGUGACAUGGCGCCAAGGCCACUCUUACAAGGCUUCCCCUCAGAGACCUCCUGAACCUUCUCGGAGUGCCUUUGUCUUCUAGCACCUCUGAUCUCCAUCUCUCUUGAAGUAAAGUGAAGAUUCCAUCCCUGAGUGAGAGGAGAGUCAGAGGCCCUGCAUUCGCACGCUGCUGAUCUAGGGAGAAUUAAGGCAAGAGGCCUGGGGUGUCUUCUCUGAGACACAGGGUGCCUGGGAAAGGAGGCAACUCUAUUAUUGUCUUUCUGCCCUUGGAGGGCACCUUUGCCUGCUAGGCCCUGUUGAUAACCUCCAGAGCCCUUGGGGUCCCUAUCUCUAUCCAGAGUUCCACGAUGGGGUUUGAAUGUCCCUCAACUCUGUCUUGCCAUCCUAGGAUGUAAUGGGGGAAAUUUGGAGACUCUAAUUACCUCCUAUUUUCGGUGUGAGGGUGGGCCCGCUUGGAAGAAGCCUAAAACUUAGUACAAACCAAUUCCAGAUCCAGAACUUUCCAGCUACUGGGAAAACAGGAAACGAAAGGGAAUGUUAUGGAACUCGUUCGGGGAAGGAGGGAGCAUGGAGGGGUCCAUCCCCAUAGGGAAGUAGCAUUGCUCAGCCUGUGGUCAGGAAAAAGCAGGCAGACCAGGAGAACAAAGCUGGACCUCCUGGAGGCUCUCUGGGAAAGGCACCCCCUUUCUCAGGCACCUCAGACGCUCAUUCAUAUGCAGUCAAGAAACCUACAGACAUAAACUAUAUAUAAACAGCACAGUGGCAUUGUCUUUUAAUCUUAGCACUUGAGAGAUAGAGGCAGGAAAAUCACAAGUUCAGGGUUAUCCUUGAUGACACUGCAAGUUUGAGGGCCAGCCUAGACUACAUGGCACCUGUUUAUUAAGAGAAAGGGGAGGCCUCCCUUGCCACUAGCCACCUGUGGCAGUCGGGAAAGCUGGCUAGAGGUCGUGAAAUAACUCGGAAAAGCAAGCCCUGCACCUCACAGUAGAGUUGGCCUUGAUAGAGCCUGGGCAGCUUAGCCAGUCCCUAGGAGAACUGGCCCCACCACUCAUCUGCUGUGAAGUGAGGUGGAGAGGGCGACUGGUGAUGCCCUUCCCCCUCCCCCACCCCACUCCCCCUGCAGUAGUCGGGACAGCUGCCCCCCCCCCCCAACCUGUCUCCCCCCCACACACACACACACACACACACCCGUCAUGAAAGGGAAAGAGCUAUCCCUGCCCCUCACUGCCUGAAGGCAGGCUCUGCACCUCGCUUGGGCAACACAGUGGAGCCCUGAGGAUGAAGGCUCAGGUGAGGCAGCCCCAAGGGUGUGACAUGGCCAGAGCAGUCCCAGCCCCUUGCCGGGUGCAGCACUUGAGAGAGCGGGCCCUUUGCCUUGUUUGGGCAGUACAGCUGAGGGCUCUGGCGGCGUGGGUGUGGGUGAGCCUGCGCGAGGGAGGGCAUAAGAGCGGAAGAGCUGACCCUGCUUCCUGCCGAGGGCAGCAUUGGGUGACCUAGCCAGAGCAGUGCUGGAGAGCUCGCCCUGGUGGUAUGAACAAGGAAGAGCUGGCAGACUGACGCUCAACUUCCAUCCACGCCCAAAUCCAGGGCUUUGAGUCUGCCCACCACAACCUCUACAGCAUCUGUGAAUUGUUGGGACACAUGAAAGCAGUCCUGCUGUUCCUAAGCUGCAGGAUCUCUGUGACCCAGGGCAACAGCAGGAUAACCAGGAGGAGUCCUGGUGAGGAUCCAAUAUUGAUGGUGUCACAGAAGCCAGAGAUCUCAGACCAGACCAGUGACUCACUGCAAUGAACAUUCCCAAGUGAAGAUGUGUGCACGGAGAGGUUAUUGUGGGACACACUGUGACACACUACAGCUUCCACAACGAGUUGUUCUCCAUGCUUCGUUUU